UCCCGCCGGGGCCGGGGCCGGGGCCGGGCCCGGGGCCGGGCGGGCGGGGCGGCGGGCGGGGCCUGGCCCAUCGCGGCCGUGGCAGCCGGCGAGCCCGGGCCGGGCGAUGUGAGGAGCCGGGGAGGGCCGCGGAGCCGCCCAGGGUCCGUCCCUGCGGCGCUGCGGGAUGAAGCUGAAGAAGCAGGUGACGGUGUGUGGAGCUGCCAUCUUCUGCGUGGCUGUUUUCUCCCUCUACCUGAUGCUGGACCGGGUGCAGCAUGACCCCACACGCCACCAGAGUGGGGGCAACUUCCCCAGGAGCCAGAUCUCAGUGCUGCAGAACCGCAUUGAGCAGCUGGAGCAGCUGCUGGAGGAGAACCACGAGAUCAUCAGCCACAUCAAGGACUCGGUGCUGGAGCUGACAGCCCACACAGAGGGGCAGCCGGCGCUGCCCCACCACACACCAAAUGGCUCCUGGGUGCUGCCCCCUGAGAGUCGCCCGAGCUUCCUCUCCGUGUCCCCGCAGGACUGCCAGUUUGCCCUGGGGGGCAAGGGCCAGAGCCCAGACCUGCAGAUGAUGGCUGUGUAUUCCCUGCUGCCCUUUGACAACCAGGACGGCGGUGUGUGGAAGCAGGGCUUUGAUAUCACCUAUGAGCCCAACGAGUGGGACAUGGAGCCGCUGCAGGUGUUUGUGGUGCCGCACUCGCACAACGACCCCGGCUGGAUCAAGACUUUUGACAAGUACUACUAUGACCAGACGCAGCACAUCCUCAACAGCAUGGUGCUGAAGAUGCAGGAGGACCCGCGCCGGCGCUUCAUCUGGUCUGAGAUCUCCUUCUUCUCCAAGUGGUGGGACAACAUCAGUGCCCAGAAGCGGGCUGCAGUGCGGAGGCUGGUUGGCAAUGGGCAGCUGGAGAUGGUGACGGGUGGCUGGGUGAUGCCUGAUGAGGCCAAUUCCCACUACUUUGCCAUGAUCGACCAGCUGAUUGAGGGGCAUCAGUGGCUGGAGAAGAACAUUGGCGUGACACCCCGAUCCGGCUGGGCCGUUGACCCCUUUGGGUACAGCUCCACCAUGCCCUACCUUCUGAAGCGCUCCAACCUGACGGGGAUGCUCAUCCAGCGUGUGCACUAUGCCAUCAAGAAGCACUUUGCUGCCACUCAGAACCUGGAGUUCAUGUGGAGACAGACAUGGGACCCAGACGCCAGCACCGACAUAUUCUGCCACAUGAUGCCCUUCUACAGCUACGAUGUGCCCCACACCUGUGGGCCAGACCCCAAGAUCUGCUGCCAGUUUGACUUCAAGCGCCUGCCAGGUGGCCGGAUCAACUGCCCGUGGAAGGUGCCUCCCCGAGCCAUCACCGAUGCCAACGUGGCAGAGCGAGCCCAGCUGCUGCUGGACCAGUACCGCAAGAAGUCCAAGCUGUACCGCAGCAAGGUGCUGCUGGUGCCCCUGGGAGAUGAUUUCCGCUACGACAAGCCACAGGAGUGGGACGCUCAGUUCCUCAACUACCAGCGCAUCUUUGACUUCCUCAACUCCCAGCCCAACCUCCAUGUCCAGGCGCAGUUUGGGACGCUCUCUGACUACUUUGAUGCUCUAUACAAGAAGGUGGGCAUUGUGCCGGGGAUGAGACCACCUGGGUUCCCAGUGCUGACGGGGGAUUUCUUCUCCUAUGCGGACCGGGAGGAUCACUACUGGACGGGAUACUUCACCUCCCGGCCCUUCUACAAGAGCCUGGACCGGGUGCUGGAGGCCCAUCUCCGGGGGGCAGAGAUCCUGUUCAGCUUGGCGCUUGCCCACGCCCGCCGCACCGGCACUGAUGGCCGGUACCCAGUCUCUGAUUACGCCCUGCUGAGCAAUGCCCGACGCAACCUAGGCCUCUUCCAGCACCACGAUGCCAUCACUGGCACCGCCAAGGAGGCCGUGGCGGUUGACUAUGGAUCCCGGCUGCUCCACUCUCUGACCAACCUCAAGCGUGUCAUCAUCAAUGCUGCGCAUUACCUCGUGCUGUGGGACAAGAACACCUACCACCACGACCCUGCAGCACCCUUUCUUGGCAUGGACGACAUGCGCGCCAGCCAGGACUCCCUCCCGGAGAAAACCGUGGUCAAACUGGGCGCCUUGCCCAGCAGGUUCCUGGUGGUGUUCAACCCGCUGGAGCAGGAGCGCCUGAGUGUGGUGCCGGUGCUGGUGGACUCCCUGCACACACAUGUGCUCUCCGAGGAGGGGCAGCCCCUGCCCUGCCAGCUCAGCGCACACUGGGGCUCCGCCACCAACGUGGUGCCCGAUGUCUACCAGGUGUCGGUCCUGGCCCGGCUGCCCGCACUGGGGCUGCGUGUGCUGCAGCUGCACAAGUCCUUCGGCCGCCCCACGCUGGCAUCCUCCGUGCGCCUCUACCUGCAUGGCCGGGACCUGCCCGUGCACCAGCAGGAGGCCGUACCCCUGCACGUCUUCCCGGCUGCCGCCAAUGACUUCUGCCUGGAGAACCAGCACCUGCGUGCCUGCUUCUCGGGGCGCUCAGGCCUGCUGCAGAGCAUCCGCCAAGCUGGGGAGGAGCAGGAGCAGCGGGUGAGCAGCGAGUUCCUUGUCUAUGGUACCAGGACCUCAAAGGACAAAAGCGGAGCUUAUCUGUUUCUGCCUGACGGUGAGGCUAAGCCCUACAUCCCCAAGGACCCCCCGGUGGUGCGGGUGACGGAGGGACCCCUCUUCUCAGAGGUUGCCAGCUAUUACCAGCAUGUGCAGAUCAUGGUGCGGCUUUACAACGUGCCAGGGGUGGAGGGCCUGUCCCUGGAGGUGACCUGCCUGGUGGACAUCCGAGACCACACCAACAAGGAACUGGCCCUGCGCUUCAGCACAGACAUUGAGAGCGACGACACCUUCUUCACAGACCUCAAUGGUUUCCAGAUCCAGCCCCGCAGGUACCAGCGGAAGCUGCCACUGCAAGCCAACUUCUACCCCAUGCCCACCAUGGCCUACAUCCAGGACCUGCGGAGCCGCCUGACGCUGCACACAGCCCAGGCGCUGGGGGUGUCCAGCCUCGCCAGCGGCCAGCUGGAGGUGGUCCUGGACCGUCGCCUCAUGCAGGAUGACAACCGGGGCCUGGGCCAGGGGCUGAAGGACAACAAACGGACUUGCAACCGCUUCCGCCUGCUCUUGGAACGCCGCUCCACCGCCAACAAGGUGCAGGAUGGGCGCCCCGUCAGCUUCCCCUCGCUGCUGAGCCACCUCACCUCCAUGCACCUCAACGCUGAGGCUCUGGUCCUGCCCAUGGCCCAGGAGAAGCCGUCCCCACCAGCUCUGCGCUCGUUCCUGCCCCUUUCCACCACCCUCCCCUGCGACUUCCACAUCCUGAACCUGCGGACGCUGCAGGCAGAGGAUGACUCGCUGCCCUCGGCCGAGGCAGCCCUGAUCCUGCACCGCAAAGGCUUUGACUGUAGCCUGGAGGCCAAGAACCUGGGCUUCAACUGCACCACCAGCCAGGGCAGGCCCCCAACAGCACCAGCAUCCACCUGGACCCCAUGGAAAUCGCCACUUUCCGCAUCCGCCUGGUGUAGUGUCUCCGGGAGCGGGAGAGGAGCAGACAGGCCAGGCAGCAUGGGAGCGGCGCUGAGCCCCGCGGCACCGGCACAGCCUGGGGGCGGCUGGGCCAGCACACCCGCAGCAGGCGAGCAGGCACUGGGCAGGAGGUGCCGGACUUUGCAAAGGCUGCUGCCUUCUAAUUUAUUAGUCCUGUGUUCUCAGAUUUCAGAAGCUGCUGUGGCAGGGCUGCCUGUGGCAGGGGCUGGGCAUGGCUCCAGGCAGCGGGUGGGCAAGGCUGCCCUGCCUUGUUCCCAUGGCUGCCCCUGGCGGUGCACAGGCUGGGCUCCCCCCGGCCCAUGGGGCAGCACAGGGGCUGCCAGGAGCCUGGUGGGGUUGGGGCAGCUGCCUGAGGAGCUGCUGUGCACUGGAGACCGAGCUCGCCUGGAGCUUGUAGGAAACACGAGGCUGUUUUCCAAGGGACCUGGUCUGUUUCUGAUUGAGGUUUUCACACUGGUUGCGUGGGGCAGUGGGAACGAUGCUCUGGUGCCCAAAGUGCCCGGCCAGCAGGUCUGUGGUGUCCCAGGGGCUCUGGGAAGCUGUCACCAGGAGCAUCCUCUUAGUUGCUGUGAGGACCGCAGGGGUUGCCACACUCCCCGGGACCCCUGGGGCUAA